AUGCAAGGGCCAAGAGGAGAAGAAGGAGGUGUUGAGAAGUGUCCAUUCCCAUCAAUUUCUUCCUUUGCAGUGAAGCUGCGUGAACCUCUCCCGGUGCCCUUCCAGCCCAUUGUCUUUGCAGAAGCCCUUUAUAACCCUCAGAACCAUUUCAAUCUCUCCACUGGAAUAUUCACCUGCACUAGCCCUGGUGUCUACAACUUUGGCUUUGACAUCGAGCUAUUUCAGGGAUCUGUGAAUGUGGGUCUCAUGAGGAAUAGCAUAGAGAUCAGGGAUAAGCAAGCAGAGGCCAAAGAUGGCUAUGAGCAUGCUGCAGGAAAUGCUGUCUUGCAGCUGAAGGAGGGAGACAGGGUCUGGCUGGAGUCUAAAGCAGAACCUAAAAAAGGAAGUACUCAAACUGUGUUCUUUGGGUAUUUAUAA